UGUUUCAUUACAUGAAUUGAGUGCGUAAAAUUAUCAUCGUAUAAAAAAUUGGCCAGUCAUAUGAGAUACAUUCGACAAUCAUGGGUCCUAGUCGUCCAUUGGAUAACGUUAAUCCGACCGUAUAUGUGAAACGUCAAGAUCGACCAAUUAAAAAAAGUGAAUUCGAUGAUGGUAUAAUCGAUGAGAUCGAUUCGCGAGAAAUAUUCGACCUGAUACGUGGUAUCAAAGAUCCGGAACAUCCAUUAACAUUGGAAGAGCUGAACGUCGUUAACGAAGAACAUGUCGAUGUGGACACCAAAAAUAAAGUUAUCGAGGUAGUGUUCACACCCACUAUCGAACAUUGUUCUUUGGCCAGUCUUAUUGGGUUAUGCAUCCAGGUGAAAUUGUUACGUUCGAUACCUGCCACAUACAAAGUGAUGGUUAAAAUUGCUCCUGGAUCACAUUCAACCGAAGAGAUUGUCAACAAACAAUUAGCUGACAAAGAACGAGUGGCCGCCGCUCUUGAAAACAACAAACUAUUAGAAGUGAUCAAUCAAUGUCUUAUCGAUUCAUUAUGAGCAAAGUUUUUAUUGAACAUUUUUUGAAUUCUUUAUUCUGAAUAACAUUACAACACAGUUCAAUAAUAAUUAAUUAAAAAACAAAAUAAAA